AUUUACACGCGUUACAAGCGAAAAGGAGGGUCGCAGAUGAUUAGUUGAUCUGUGAAAACCAUGCUUUGCGCCCAUUCGCUGCUUUCUCUAACGUGGGCGGGACAUAAAUCGUUAACAACCAAUCACUCUACGGCUUUUAAAAGCCGUAAAUUAAGAAGGUGCUGAUUGGACGUGGAUCCAAACAAGCUAAAGUUUGUUGAUUUGUAUGCGAUUUCCUGGAAUUAGGAUUUAGAUUUUAGCUUUACUUGGUUGAAAUAUUAGCUAGAUCAAAUUUCUUAAAGUCUACGAAUCCUAUGUUUUUUUUGUGUAAAUAUAUUAAUAUUUGCCAUUGCUGCCGCAAAUACUAUCUCAACAUUAACGUGUCCAACCGUUUCCAUAGCAACAUUUUCAGAGGAAAUAUGGAGUUCCUGAAUUGGGACACUGAAGAUGUUGCAAAUUGGGUUGAGUCUAUAGGAUUUUCGAAAUACAAAGAUUGUUUCACCGAGAAUUUCAUCAACGGAAAGAAGCUCAUUCAUGUCAACUGUAACAACUUGCCAAAGCUUGGAGUCACAGAUUUCAGAGACAUCCUGGCCAUCUCUGCUUAUGUACGCGAGCUGCUGGGGAUCACAGAGACCCCGUGGAACAACAGCAUUGCUGACCCCCGGCGGGACACCAUGGCCCUGUUCUUGGAAGUAAAGAGCCGCACGGGACGAUGGACCAACUCCCUCACCUACCAGCAGUUCCUGUACUACUUGGAAGACCCGGACGCCGAGCCGGAGGACGACGAGAACAAGGACGAGAACGAGGACGACUUCGACGACGACGAGAAUGAGAACGAGGAAAACCAACAAUAAAGAGCAAAAAAAAUAUAUAAAUAUAUAUAAACAACAGCAUCUCUGUGUCAUUUCAUAUCAGUGUCUCAUCUGAUGACACAGAUGAGACACUUGCAGUAGGUCAGAGACGGGCCCUGGCAUUAACACUUCCCAGCAGCAAAAUGCCACUGUUGUCAGUGCGGCCGAUAAACAAAAAGAGAAACCUUUCAAGUGUGCUUUCUGCUGGCUGUCUGCAUGUGUUUAAAAUCGCUUCAAACAGGAGCGAGCUGCUGGAAAUUUACCGACUAGUGAGUGAUCUCAUGAAAUGAGAGAAACAACAGAGACUGAUUGCAUCCCACCCCACCCCCAGAUAUAUCCAUCAGAUUUUGCGACUGUAAAACAGCACAAAUCAACUGAUCAAAGAGGCUCCUGCCAGCCUGGUUGUGGAGAAAUCCCCAAACCACCUGUAAUUCUCAUUGAUCUUGGGCACACGUCAUGGAACUGGAUUAGUUAAUUGAUUCCUAGAGAUCCUUGGGGUAAUUUUCAGGACGAAGUCAACAAACAGUUGUUUCACAGGAAGCCCCAUUAGUGGCGACUCGAUCGUUGUCCUCAGUAAACGUACUCUUGUAAAAGUAUUUAGACUCAUUAAAGGUUUGUCACAUUUUUGUCAGAGUGACUUUGACGUAUUGUGUUGGAGUUUUAUGGGAUCAAGCUCAAAGUGGAAAGAAAAUGACACAUGGUUUUCAAGAUCAUCUACAAAUAUUUUACUAAUUGGCUUCUUUUAAUCUGAUACCCCUAAAUUAAAUCUAUUUCAUUCUAAUUAUUACAACCUGUCUGUAAAAAACCCUAAAAUUUCCCUCUUUUAGGCUACAUUUCCUCUAUAGUUUAUACAGGGCUUAAGGGCUGUAGCCCAGGGUGCCAAUUUUGGGGGGUGGCCCAAAAGAUCUUUAU